AUGUCAGCUCUUGCUUUGGAUAUAGUCACUGGCUGUGUCUUUGGCAGUGGUCUGGUCCACGAUAAAGAAGUACACGCUCUUAUGCAUCGAAGUAUCGCAACGGCAAUGAGCGAACUGGAGCAUCGAAUGUUCACUUUAAUUGGUGUUUUACCGAUUGUUAAAAGUUUGCCAUUGAAAUCAAAGUUGAAAAUAGAUGAAGCAAAAAGAGACUUCAUGUCGGCUGUAAAGAAGAUUAUUGAUGACAGACGACACGGACUGACUCAGUCAGUCUGUAAAGGUCUAGAUUUAUUAGAUUUACUUCUCUCAGCUGAGAGUGAUGGUCAAAAACUGACUUCUGAAGAAAUCGUUCAAGAAUCAGCUACGAUGGUCAUUGCUGGCCACGAAACGACUUCCACUCUGAUGACUUGGACGCUCUACGUUUUAGCUCAACAUCCAAAGAUUCUCUUAACUUUACAGAAAGAAAUUGACUCAAUUCUACGAGGACAACCUCCGAGUGCUGACACUCUCUCCCAACUAAUCUACACGGAAGCUGUCCUGAAAGAAUCCCUUCGUCUCUACUCUCCUGUGCCAAAUAUAACUCGAAUGGCAGUCAAAGAUAAUACAAUCGUAGCACAGGAUGGAAAGGAAAUAUUCAUAAGGAGAGGAACAGACGUUUUUUUGGAUUUGUACACUUUACAUCAUUUAGAGAAAUACUGGCCAAAUGCAGAUACCUUCGAUCCUGAACGAUUUCUAAAUAAAAAUGAAACACACCAGUCAACAAUCUUCCUUCCCUUCUCGGCAGGAACACGAAAUUGUAUUGGUCAGAGUUUUGCACUAAUGGAAGCGAAGAUUAUGUUAUCGAUGAUAGUGCAAGAAUUUGAAUUUGAAUUAGUACCGGGACAAACAUUUGUGCCAGAGAUGGUAGUUACGAUGAGGCCAAAAGACGGUAUAUGGGUUAAAAUGAAAUCUCGACAACUCUAA